UAACCGGUUCCCAAUCUAGCAUAUUACUUGGUACUUGGUCUAAUACUGAAUGCAAAAUACAAGGUGCCAAACAUUCUCAGCUGACUAUACGCAAUCUAUAUGUAAAUCCGAAUCAUUCAUCGCUUUAUCCUACUUGUUAUUUCAGUUAUGGUUGCCGCAAAUCAAAAUGAGGGCCCGGAACCGAUUUCCGGAGUCACUCCCCAAAAUCUUCCCCCAGUUCGGGCAUGCCUGUUUGACAUGGACGGUCUCCUCAUUAACACCGAAGACUUAUACACCCUUUGUGCUGAUAUAGUCCUGACCAAAUACGGACGGCCCCGUCUCCCCUGGUCUAUUAAGGCCCAGCUCAUGGGGGUUCCCGGCGGAUCUAACAGCGACACCUUUCACAGUUGGGCUCAGCUACCAAUUUCAAGAGAGCAGUUUAAGGAGGAACAAGCUGAACAGCACCGGAUCCAUUUCCCCGAAUGCAAGCCUCUCCCCGGGGUAGAGAAGCUUCUCAAGGAUCUCAGGAGCGCGAAGAAUACACUGGGGUUACCGGUUGAAAUCGCCCUCGCUACGAGCAGUCAUAGAGCAAACUACGAGCUAAAGACUUCGCGGCCGGAAACGAAAGCUGUCCUGGAUCUGAUUCCGGAGGAACAUCGAGUCCUGGGAGACGAUCCCAGGAUUCAACGUGGCAAGCCGGCUCCUGAUAUCUACCUGCUUGCCCUGCAGGCGAUUAAUUCAUCGCUACCUGAGGGCGUUCCAAAGAUCACGCCCAGCGAAUGCCUAGUCUUUGAAGACAGCGUCCUAGGCGUGGAGGCGGGGCGCAGGGCAGGCAUGAGGGCCGUAUGGGUUCCUCACCCCGGCCUCGCUGCUGAGUACAAGGGCAAGGAGAAGGAUGUGCUUGCUGGGAGAACGGCGCUAUAUCCUAUCGGCAAUGACGAGCAGCUUGGCGCGGUCGAUGACGGCUGGGCUGAACAGCUUGUUAGCCUGGAGAACUUUCCUUAUGAUAAGUUUGGUAUUAUCGUUCCCCGAGACAACUAAAUUGAUACCUAGGUAGAGGUAGAUAGAGAGUAGAUAGAGUAGAUAGAGUAGAUAGAGUAG